AGACGCUAGAGCAGGUGAGUGAGCUCCUCCCUCCAUGCCUUUGCCAUCGCGACUUCUUUGCUCUCAUCCACCGAAUUUUUCCGCACAUCUGGCCUUGUAGUGAAGAAUGAUCCUUUAGAGUUUUUGACAUGCAUUCAUUAUCAACUUUUUGGGAAGAUUCCAUCACCUGUUUCACCGAGGAAAUAGGAGGCAAACUCUGUGGCGUUAUAUCUCUUGGCACCAUUUCGGGGUUGCUGCUUCUGCUGGCACACGCUGCGUUAGGCUAUGAGAGAUGCAGAUAUCAAGCGGAAAGUGGGAGAGAAGCCACGACGUCCCUUUAUUGCCUCCUGGGGAACAGUUGUAGCACAAUUGGAGCCAUUCUAUCCAGGCAGCUCCAUGUUCAGGUUAUUUUGGCGGCUUUUUCUGCUAUAAUAGAUGCGGUGUCUUUUGUCACUCUGUGCAUACCAAUAUGUUUGUGUAGGAACUCAAAAGCAGGACGGAGGAUGAGAGCGAGACGAAGAAGACAGCAUCUCUUUGGGAUCUGUGUUUUGUUUAUGAUCACUGGAGGAUUUUUCAAAGUUGGACUGAGUAAUAAUGAAAUAGACAACACUCUUCGACAGAGGAGACUUUUACAGAUCAUAAUGGAAGACAACUCUGAUAUAGUUGGAUAUGUCCUUGGAAUCCUAUCUUUGGUAAUAGCAUACACAUCUAGAUUUCCUGCACUCUACAGAACAUGCACAAAGCGACUGAUGACAAGAGCUCAGCUGCUAUCAGCUGUGCUGUGCUGCCUGGCUGGUACAUGCUAUGCCACUGCCUUACUCCUUUAUGACACCAGCAAUGCAUUUAUCUGCAGGACAUUACCAUGGUUGCUGUCAGGUGUUUUGUGUGCCAUCAUGGACCUUCUUAUGAUAUUUAUUCAUUUGUGCAAAAAACAAAAUCCUGUGGUGUUCUCUCCAGACACAGUUAGUCUUCUGGGAAAGUCAACCAUUGCUGUUAAAGAGAAGCCCAAUGAAGAGAGAAUUCACUCAAUUCCACAGAUUAAAAAAAAUGCUGAGAAGUUGACUGGAACAGACUGUUACUUGCAUGUGAACUGUCCAUCUGAUAGGAAAAGCCCUAUUCAGUUACACUUGUCCAGAACAGUGAAAAAGGAGGGAAUCCAAAACAAAGAUGAAAAGUGUUUCUGUUCAUCUGACACAUCAUUUGACUCCUCUGUUAUCAGCUCAGACCUAGAGUGGGAUUUUGAAGAGGCAAAUAUCCAAUGGUGUAAACCAGCAGCAGUAAAACUCAAGGUUGACGAGUGGCAAAGCAUCUCUUUAACAAACUAACAUUAGGCAGACAACAAAUCACUAAGUAAAUAAAAAGAGUUGAUAAAAAUGUA